GGUGAUAUGGCUAACUGCACCGCCAUUCUUAUUCCAAAGGGGCGAAAUAUCUAUAACAACGGCACAAACAAUAUGGCGGCAAAAUCGGCACCGUGACUUUAUUUUUAUGUGUGUGCUUAAUAGGCCUAUUUAUCGUAUUUUGAAACCCUCACUCGUUGUCAGGUUUGGUAUCAUUUAUCUGAUAGCAUGCAGACUCAGGUGCAGAUGUAAACUUCCAUGUUGAUGACUUUAACUUGAAGAUGUAGGCCCUAGUAGUACUGCCUACCUCCCAGCACUGAGCACAUCAUCAUCAUAGACAUGAUAGGCCUAGGGCCUACAUGUUCAUCGUGUAGGUAGCCUACUGCCUGGUCUGUAUGUACUAUGUUGGUAUGUGACUACGCAGGUUAGAUUGUAUUGAUACAAUGGAGAGUGCAAGGAAACCACAGCUUCAUGAUCUGCGACAGAGGAGACUGGCUUAUUUUGAUCAGCGAUAUCCCCCAACUCCUCCCACAGAACCCAAACCAAGUAGCAAUGUUCACAUUAUCCCUGAAAGGAUAUUAAAUGGGCGAGAUGGAAAGAAGGCUUCUGAAUCCUAUGGAAAUGCAGCCUACAACAAAACUGGUGCCAUUCCAAAAUCACACAAGAAGAUUCAGCGGGACAUUGACUUCCUUGAUGCUAACAGAAGGCAUGGUUUGAAUUCUGACAGUAUGGAAUCAACGGAAGAACAUGGGUUCAGUUAUCAGUUGGUUGCUGCAAAAAAGGAAUCCGUCAAUCAGAAGCUGAGCUCACAGGAAUUUGAGAUACAUGUAUCGCGUGAUGUUGACAAUCUUUUCCAGUCAAAUAGGACAAGACCCAGAACACCAGGACAAACUCCAAAAGAGAAACUGGACAAAUUUCAUCCUUCUGUACCAGUGCAAAGUAGUGCCAUUGAUGCAGCCUCCAUGGAUUAUGAGCGUAAGCUCAUUAAUGACCUACAAAAACCUGAUCGUCAGAAAACAAACCAUCAUAUAAGAAAUUCACAAGGCAAGAUAGUGGGCAAUUCACCGUGGACGCAUGAUCACCUUGACUCCAGGAUGAAGCAUUUGAAGCGAUUCCUUUACAAACAAGAUGAAGCCGUUUCACCUGCAAUCAAGGUAGCUGCUGAACAUGAUGCACUUCACGCCCAGAAUAUUUUGCAUCAAAUGAGCCAAGUACGAAAACUUCGAGCACAAAUGCAUGGAGAGCUCAUGUCCAACUUCUCAGAACAGGAGUUUGGAUUGAACCCUAUGUCCAAGUCUGAUUAUCAAAGUUUAUCAAGUGGAGAAGCAACUGACAUAUCAUCCUUGAAGAAUGGACAUGUUUUUGACUGCUCCACUGCAAAGCAUCAGGAACCCAGCAAAAUGGAUGUUUAUUCAUCCAAAACAGAUUUUCUUGGUGCCUCGAAAUCCUUGUCAGCACCACCUGCUAACCAUUCAAUUUUACAAUUAGAAAAGGAAGACACUGAUGCUGAUUGUACUGGCAAGCAAGAUAAAAUUGCAAGCAAUGAUAACCUGGAUGAUGAAAUGACCUUUGACCUUGGAGAAUUACAGGAAGCAGCCAAACAAGGGGAUGACAUCUUGAGGAAGUACAUUCAGAGUUUGAGCAAAAAUCUGAAGAAGAAGAAGAGAUUAACCGAGUCUGUUGGAGAGAACACCAAAAAUGACUUCAAGCCAAAUGUACUUGAGAAAGAUAUGAAAAAACAGGAGGAGCAGCUUGUAGAAAAGAAAUUGUCAUCACUUCCUGGCUAUUCUAAGAUCGUGAAUGCGGAAUUUAGUGCUGAGCAGGAUACAGGCAUUGCUCCAGCACAUGAAUCAAAAACUGCUGAGAAAAGCACUGCAGAAAGACAGUACAGACCCAAAGUGGCAGACCCAAGUGUAACCUCUAGAGAGUUACAAGACCUAGGACUUUACCAAGACCUUGUAGACAAGAAGCAUAACACUCCAGAUCAUGAUGCAACCCUGCUGCACAUCCAGUGCAAAUCAGACCAAAGUCGGACAGACCAUCUGAAUGGAAUGGUUGGAGACAGUACAGAUGAUGAAGAUCUUGGCUUGAUUACACAUCGACCUCAGCAGAGGCCAUUGUCCCCACUGAAACAAGUUUAUGUGAACAACAAAGUGAAGCAUGUUGAAAUCUCAGAUGAUUCUACACAUCCUGUACAGAAAUAUCAAUACAACGCAGAUAACAGCCCAAGUGACUUGAAUGAUCUUUGGCUGACCAUGCAGCCAAAAAAUGCAACACCCAUAGAAAACCACAGUGAACUUGAAGUCCAUGAUAACAGUCAGUUUUCCCAUGAUGUGCACAAGUCGCAGCUCAGUUCAGAAAGCAUCAUAAACAGCAUGGAAGAAAGUGAAGAUGACAGGGUGAGGAAGCCACCUCCCAGUUACGAGAAAUUAUUUUCAAACUCAACAGCAUUAAGCUCUGACAAUAUCCCUUUCCCACACCCAUCAGGGACUGAGAUUGGAAACUUUGUCUGCUCAGAACAGAGCACAGACUCUGACCUGGAUAUGCAAGCCCACAAGAAUCUCAAACCCAAGCUCAUGCCAAAUCCUCCACAAGAAAAGAAAAGUAAUAGCAGUUUUAAGCGACAAAAACCUACAAUCCAGUUGACUACUGGGAAGAAAAGUCCAAAACCUCCAAAGACCCCUGAAAGACACAUGCAUGGCAUCAGGGAACACCAUAAACGAGAAAGAGAAAGUCGCAGACAAUUGUCAGCUUGUAAAAGUCAAAGCAGGUCUGUUGAGAAAGACGUGGAAAAUCUACAGAAAUUUCAAAAAGAUGUACAAGGGGCUUACCAAAGUUCUCCUUUGCAAAAGGAAGACACAGUCGGCUCUAAAGAGAUCCGGGAGGUAAACAGAAUUUUUAAGACGUCCAGUAGCAAAAGAUCCGAGAAAGUGCUUAAUGUUGGUCCGUCUGGAGAUUCCGAGCCUGUAAUUGUGGCACAAAGGCAAAUAGCUAAAUUGUGUCAACACUGUAGUAAUAUCUAUCAGAACAAUCAAUCCCAGUGUGAAGUUUGUGGCACACUGAGACAUAACAAACCUUAUGCUCCAGUAGAGUCUGUUACGCCAUCCAUCAAUGCCCAAUUAAAGGAUCUGUCUUUAGGUGGAGAUGCUACUACUAGAUCGCAUUUGACAACAGGAAGUGCUUGGGAUAUUGAAAUCUCUGCUCAGACCCGAGAUAAAAACUUUUCAAGAGUGGAAGAGGAUGAUGAGUCUUUUGUGAUGGAUAAAAUUGCCAGUUUUGUUCCCAAACUCAUACAAGAGCAAGGGGUUGUUGAAGAGUCUGAAAACCCAGGUGAUCCUGUGCUGUCAGAUGAGACCGGUGCUGGAGAUGCCAGUCAUUCAUAUGAAGCUUUACCUAUGAGAGUGGAUGCAUGGCUUGCUGCUAACAACAGCAGCAGACUCCCCCUUAAUACUACAUGUAUAAAUGACAACUCCUUUGGGCCACCAAAUCAUGACAACUCGUCAGACCAGCUGCAACAAUCCACUGAAGAGGACGAGACAGAGCAAAAAGGGACCUUUGACCUUCCAUCUCAAGUGAACCUCAGCAAUCACCACUUGCCUCAGAAUGGCUGUGUGUCUAGCUGUAUAGAGGAUCAUGAACUGAAACAAAUCAAGCCCCUCCCAAGUAGUGAAGAACCCAAGAGAGGUACCGGCAGACGGGAAUCAGCAAAGACAAAGUCUUCUGUGUCCAAGAGUAAGACUGGUCAAUUGAUUGACCAGCCCAUGUACAACCGCAGGUGGGCAACGUCCAGCUCAACAUGGGGCACAAGGCAGUCUGUUGGACGUGUCAGAUCAUCCUUGAAGGAUUCCACCUCAGGCUCACCAGUUAUGCAAAGAAAGAGACCAUCAUCAGCUCAGCACCAGGUACCGUUGCACAAGAGUGAGGUAGAGCCAAGGAUGAGAGUGCACAGGACACAACCUAAGUCAGCCAGUUGGAAGUGCAGAGACUCAAAGGAUGUCAACAGCAGGCAAAGGAGUUCUGAUCUGAAGGAGGAAUUCUUGACAGUGAAUAUGGCUCAGAUUGAUGAGGGUCUCGCAUCCAGGGCUCUUAAUGCCAGCCAUAGCAUGCUGCCACUCACAUUAAAGCUCAUCAGUGAUAGUCCUCGAGGUAAUGACGGAUUGUCCAUUUGGGAGCUGCUUCCAGAUGAGAUUCUCCUCCAUGUCUUCCGUUAUCUGAGCUACAAAGAUCUCAUCCAUUGUGCUGCCAGUUGUUCAAGGUUCCAUCGUAUUGUAAUGGAUGACUCACUGUGGAGAACCAUCAAGCUUCACAAGAGGCAGUUGAGUGACUUUUCACUCACCCAGAUUGGGGAGAGACAUCCAGUGAACCUGUCACUCACUCAGUGCCAUAGUAACAUUGUCACUGAGAAUGGCUUGCGUAAUCUCUUCCGUAGCUGCACUGACACACUCCAGGAACUGAAUGUGAGUGGAUGCACAGGUGGGGAGCUGACAGGUGAUUCACUUUUACUACAUGCCUCCAGGUGCCAUCAUCUGAUGUCAUUGGAUGCCAGCUGGUGUCAGGCCACUGACAAUGGGUUGUCAGCCAUUAGUGAGAGCUGUCAUAGAUUGACAUCUUUGUGUCUGAAUGGUUGUCAGUCGGUUUCUGAUGAAUGCCUGACCCGUGUAAUUAAGAAGCAUGGCAAGAGUCUGCGGGUAUUGGAAGUCCUGGGUUGUGUGCAGCUGUCUCCAGAAACCCUUCAGCUCAUUGGCUGCGAGUGUCGUCACCUUCAUACCCUCAACAUUGGCCAGUGCUACAAGGUUACAGAUGAGUGUAUUAGCCAGCUUGUUUGCUAUCUCAGAAACUUGAAGCACCUUGACCUGCGUGGCUGUAAACAGAUAAGAGAUACAUGUGUAAGGAAGAUUGUAAGGAACUGCAAAUAUCUCGAGACUCUGGUCCUGGCAAACUGCACACACAUCACCAAUGCCUCUCUGGUUGAAAUGGCUACCUAUCUACCUACAAUCAGGUCCCUGGAUGUAUCUGGCUGCAAGAAAGUCAGUAAUGAAGGUGUUCGUUCCUUGGCAACCUGUUGCCAUAACCUGACAUCUCUUGAUGUCAGCUCUACAGGUGUUGAUAACAAAAGUGUUUCAGCUCUGGCAAACUACUGCAGCAAGACCCUGGUGGCUGUGCGUUUCAAUUGCUGCAAGGACAUCACAGAAAUGGCCAUUGUCAAACUGUUGAAGAAUUGCAAAAAACUGGAUACCCUGCAUCUGUAUGGUGUGAAAGGUCUACGAAAUCUGGGUGUGCUGAAGUUACAGUAUCCAUGUCUUCAGUUUGAGUAAGGAUGAGUAACCAUCCAUGGUUGUCAGUUUUAAUCUGUUCCAUGUGUACAAAUGUUAUAUACAUGUACCUAGUGAGGAUCAGUGAACAAAAGAGGUCCACAUUGUCGGUGUUUUCACCAAGUGACAAAAACUUCAAAAUCUUGCCUAACGUACAAUCCAAGAUAAAUGCGUUUGAAAAUACGAGCCUUUUUAGUGCACAUUUUUGAUCACUUUUAUGUUACCAAUUAAGGAAUUUUUUACAAAGUCAUGAAAUGUACCACUUGGAAAAUGCUCUAUACUUAUGUCCAGAUGUAUUGUCUUAAUUAAAGAAUAAUUCAUUAAUAAACUAAUAACAGUCUUUCACUUUGUGAAAACAGACAAACCCGGAGGUCUUAAUUUUUUUCUUAUUACAUGAUACACACUUUUGUCACUUCGUGAAAAAAUACACGCCUGAAGAAAAUUGUUAAAUUGUAAUUUCUUGAAAACAGAGAAACACAGAGACUAAGUUUUUUGUCAGUUGUCUGUUUACAGUUACUUGGAUAGUAAACAACAUUUUGCUUUGAAACUCUGCUACUUUUUUCUUUGGAUCAAAGGGAGUAAAAUGGUAGAAAAACUCCAGAUCAAAAAAUGUUUGAUUUUCCGGGUUUUUGUCACUUCGUGAAAACACUGAUGACAUAAUGCAGGUUGUCUAAACUUUGUGUGGAUGAAGCUGGGUACAUGCAAGGUUACCCCCCUCUCUGGAAAACAGGUUGAAAGGUAUUCUGGAGUUAGGAUCAUCUGUUGUGAAAUAAAGAGGAACAGUGAAGGAAAUCCUUGAUUGGCACGAUCUCCUCAGUUGGAAACUCUGUGCAAGUUGAAUGAGAAGAGUACUCACUGGAAAAGGUAUCAAACAACACAAGCCAUUUGAAGAAAGGGCAGAGCCAGACAUGUAACACAGAGAUACAUGCUUGAGUGUACAAACAGGCUUAUAAAUUUCAAUAAGAAAUAACCUAAUUUCCAACUCCCCCCCCUGCUGUUUUAUCAAAUGCAAUGCAUUACAUGACUUUCAAGGUUUUUCAUAUGAAGUUAAGUUGUUGAACAAAACAAAUGGUCAAAUCCUUAUUUCUACAAUGCAUGAAAAGCCUCAGUGCAUACCGGUAAAGCAAACAAUGCAAUAUUUGCUCAAGUUAACUUAGAUUUUCCCUUGUGCUUUAUGUGAACAUAUUUUACCAAAAUGUAACCUUGUAUAAAAAGAAAUUUCUAAUGAUAAUGAUAACAUCAACAUUUCCAGUGAAUCCUUUCAGUCUGUAUUGAAAUGCUCAUGGCUUUUUAUUGUUGAAGGCCACUUUAAGGCCAUUUGAGUUCCUUAAAGUAACGUUAGUUGUGACUCAUUCAAGCCAUAGUGAAUAAGACCUUAUUUCAUGCAUAUAUCUGAACUUACAACACUUAUAAGGCUUGGCAUGUACCCUGAAUAUUUUUUUGUUGGUAUUAUAGUUUGAUUCACCAAGUUUUAACUUGACAUGCUAGACUCGGGGCUUAUUUGUUCCUGGGUAAUUCAAUUUUACUUGACUUGACCCUUCAUUGAAGGUCAUUAGUCGGGUCCAUCAAUAACAGGAUUCCACUAAUCGAUAAUUGGAAAUCCAAUAUUGAGCAUAUUCAUAUAUAUUCCAGUGUACAGUAGAUUCUCAUUAACUCAUAACUGAAUACCUCAAAAUUCCUUUUACUAAUAAAUUAGCACUUCAGUAACACCAAGAAAAUAGAAUAUUAUGUAUGAAAAAAAUUGUACGACUCAAAAUGCCCACAUGGUACUUCUGUUUGUUCAACCAGUACGAAAAAAUACUACUGCCAAAACAGUCCUAUACCGGUGUAAAAAUAUCGCAAAACUUUUUAUGAGUCAUUACUACCCAAGGCACUACGUCCUUUCAUGUCAGGAUAUGAUGGUGUGCACAUCACACAGUUCACCAACGUUGUGAUUAGACAAGUCAUCAGAUCCUUACCAAUCACCCACUUGUAGCCUGUGCAAUGAUAACCCACUUCCUGGGUCUUUGCAGUAGCCAUGUAUUAACCAAACUGGAACCUGGCUUUUGAAUUCACCUGCAUGCUAUUCCUGGCUCAGUGCAGAUCAUGGUUCAUGCAGGGCAGCCCAUGCUCAUGCAUACAGGGCAAAAUAACAAGAAAUAAAAUUUGCUACCUACAGUUUGUUAUUUAUUGUAAUAUAUCCAUGAAAGAUAAAACACCAUAGGAAAGACCAAUAUGAAAACGAUAUUUUUGACUGCAAACUAUAGUGUAUCCAUUGUGAUGGUCUAGCAUGGCAGGGGAAGCCAUGAAUUACAGAGUAUAGUUACAACAUGGAUCAGAUGUCCAUGAUGAUUUACAGUGGUUCUUUUCUAGUCACCGGCUAUUUUGCCACUAGGUUGGGCUUAUAAUUUCAAAGCUAAUUAAUGGGUAAUAACCACAUUACAUGUAACUAGAAAUUAAUUUUGUCGAUAAUCUGAUUUGUUCUUGAUAUUUUUAAUAUCAUUCCCAGCAUUAAGAUUUUUUAUACAUAUGUACUUUGAAAUGAAAACUUUCAUAUCAGUGAUAUCGAUUGUAAAGUGAAAUUGAAUAAUCAUGCAGUAAAUAUCGAAACAUGGAUGGACGCUAGAACUUCCUGUCUCUGACACUUUGGCUGUGUGUAUGUUACUAUCAUUUCUGGUCAUAACCAAGUAAUUUGGAUGCCAUUUGAGAUAUCAACACAUAGAAGCAAUAUGUAUACUAAUGGUUAUACAAGCGUGGUUUCAAUAAUGUAAUGGGAUCUCUGUUGUGAAAGUAGUCUUAUAUUAUAAACAUUAUGCUGUGUAUAGUUUGUGCCUUAUGCACUGCUUAAGUAUUAAAAAAUCACUAGACUGGAUUCUGUUUUUAUCGACCAGAGACUACAGAGAAUUUGAUUUCAAAAAGGAUUGGAAAUGUGUUUAAGCCAAGAAUUAUAGUAGUCAAGGUGAAGGAAGGUUAAAGCGGAAGGUUAAAGGAUCCAUGCGAUGAAUUUACCUUUAUUCAUGUGUAAUUUCCUACUUCUCUGUGUAAAGAAACCAUAUGACACCACUUUUUAGUUUGAAAAGGGCACCUCUGUAAACUUAAUGUUGUCCAACUUUCUCUAGUAUCUGGACAUCUGAGGGCACUGUUGCUGUGAUAUCAUUUUGAAAGACAUUGUUCAUUUAAGGGGUUUUCUGUUCAUAAUAAUUUCUUUCAUUCAGUUAUUUGCUGCCUUUCACUAGCCUAACAGUCGGUCCCCGAAGAAAAGAAAAAAUGAUGACUGCAAAUUUCCAGCAACUAUGUGCUAAUACAGCUGUAUCAUUGGGUUUGUGCCCACGAUGAAAACACUUUUUGUUUAGGAAUAAGGAAAUUUACACCAGUAUAAUUUUAAAAUGGUCAAAUAAAAAUGAGAAAGUUUAAAUGGGACACCAGGAUGUUCUUCUUUGAGGAUUGCAAACAAAUUACUUUUUAUAGGCCCUUUUAAUAACAUUUCACAUUGGUAUCCACAUGGUCAAAGUGGAAUAACAGCAUUCAGGCUCGAUUCUGGAGAGAGAUGAAAAGAGUUGUAUCAGUGUCAUUUUGAAAAGACGAAUCCAGACAUGCGAAUACACUCAAUACACGCGCCAAUGUUUGCAGUAAAAUUGUUAACUAUAGCUAGCUCAGGAAACUGUCAAAUGUCAAUUUGUUCACUUGAUGGCAAAAUGCAUACUGAGUUUGGGCUUUUCCAGUGGCCAAACUAAGGCGUGGGGUAUAUGAAAGAGGGAGCCUACCUGCUUCAAACCCGCACUCCUUAAUUUUCUCCCCAGAAUUUUAGAGAAAAUAGCUUGAUGAUGUUAAUAUGAUCAUUAUUGUAGUGAGUGCCACCUCCAAAAUCGAUGAUGCCCCCAUGCUUCCCUGCUAGAUAGACUAAACCAAUGAACAACCUGUGAUGACAUGGGCACUGACAUUGAUCACGCGCUAAGACAUGUCCGUGCAUGGUGCCAAGGGGCAGCUUUGGUGUUAAACACGUUCACUGGUAAAAUUCCUCGUGUCUGUUGAUGAGCUGGCCAUCCAUCGGAGUACGUAGGCAGUGGAUACUAAACACGUGUAUAACUUAUUAGCAGAGCCAAAUGGAACAUGUAUGCAAUAAUGGUGUUAAUAAUGGCGUAAAUUGCAGUGCGUUGCGUUGAUAGCAAAAUCCCUCCCAAUGCAUGGGAUGCAGUGGUUAGGUGCAGAUUUGGGGGAGAUACCCGUUUCCUUUUUGAUCUAGAAACAAAUUCCUGCUCUUUAAAAGCACAAUCCAUUCUAACAAUAGACUGUAAAAACUACAUGUAGUAUCAUUUUUUCCGAUUGUAUCUUUCAGCUGUUUUAAAUUCUGGAGGAUUUGGAGGAUCAUAUUUUUCUUUCAAACAAUAAUUACAGUUUUGUGUGUUUUGAUUUCAGCUUAUUAUUCCAGGCAAAUAAAAAAUUGACGUUUCUCAACUCUUAAGUUGUCCACCUUUCAGGCAGAUGCUGCUUUGAAUAAGGAAGAAUAAACUGCAAUGUGAACAGUUUAAAGGGUAAAUUGACAUAAGUUUUAGACAAAAUUAAGAAAAUUGAAAAAUGUCAUUGGUCUCUGUAAAACCUAAAUAUUCUACCAGUUUUAUUUUGUCGAUUUUCAGAUUGUCCUUGGAUACAUUUUACAUUUAAUUGUUUUCCCUGUCAUCAUUGGUGGGAGUGAAAGGCCUUGGAAACCUUCAAUUGUUUUAGGGAGUACUGAAUAAAUCUUUAAAUGUUGAA